AUGGACGGCCCUCAGGACGACCUCAAAUGGUUUGGUGAAGGGUUCGAUGGCUUUCCCAAGAAAUUGCCAGAUGAUGUCGUGGAGUACAUGGUCUUCAUCAUCGAAUCUAGACUUUCGGACAUCCAGACGAGGGAAAGAUUACAAGCUUUUCAGCGCGCUCUGAACGUCCUGGAAAAAAAGUUUCUCAAGGAGUACAUAUGGCAGCGUGACUCUCUUAAGCUUGAUCUAGUCCGCGAAGAAAAUCAGUGGUUAUUGAGAGGACGAUCUAAUUACGGCGAUAGCGUGGCAGACGAAUGGCUUAUCGUCUACUUCCUGCGUGAGUUGAGCAAAGAGUUCAAGGAUGCAUGGAUACGCAUCUAUGACAGUGAUGGAGAGUUUCUCCUAAUUGAGGCUGCGAAUGCGCUACCGAAAUGGCUGAACCCUGAAGUUGCCGAGAACAGAGUCUGGAUUAACAGUCAUCGCCUGCUGAUAAUACCAUUGGGAAAGGAAGAAGACCCUGCCCCUUUGACGCAAGCGCAGGCUUUGCAGGUUAUCGACGCGACACCAGCACGACCUCAGCAGUACGUCAAAGUUGAGAAGGAAGCUUUUCAUCGCCUGGCUGGAUAUCCCGCCGCGAUAUCUGAAAAUCAACAUCAUGCGACACUUCCACUGCCUAGGAAGGUUGCGCAUAUCCUGCAUGUCAAUCCAUCCUAUAUUGCACCAGCGGUCGAAGCCUUUUAUCUUAGAGACCCCAUCUCCAUCCGGCUCCUACAACCCGAAAAGUCUAAAACCUCUCUCACAUUCCCGCCGGAAGAUUUUGUCGACGUCAGCGUUCGCUUCACCAAAGUCCUUUACGCUCAGCUUCUAGGUCAGCACUGGGAACCCCCAGCACCAUGGGACGCAGCAUUAGAGCAGCUCGCCAAGUCUGGUAGACCGACCGAGAAAGCAGAGAUCGGUAUCAAGAUCACAGCAGGCAUGCAGAUGCUCCUAUCACACUCCUUAUACACCUCUCGCAAACCGACGCGUGAGAUUGCUCUCCUUCUACAAGACUUGGAAAACGGCGACGAUACACUUCCCACCGAUACCGAAAUCGCCAAAUGGCCCAAGCGUGAGGACGAUGAGGGAUGGCUGAAUAUCGACUUUUCUGAGUUUGAGAAGGAGCUAGAAGGCAAGGGAAGCGGUGAAAAAGGAGCAUUUGGUGACAAGAAUGCAGAGGAGAAUCUGAAGAAGAUGGUUGCACGGUUUAAUGACUUCCUGGCUGACAACGAAGCGGGUGCGGAGGGUGCUGAUGGUGUUAUGGACCCCAUGGAUAUGGACAACGACUCCGACGCAGGCGACAGAGGAUGGGAGGACCCUGAAGAUAGCGACUCCCCAGCUGAGAACGAUACCACGAGCAAAGGCAAAGGCAAAGCGAAAGCCAUGACUAGCGAGGAUGAGGGUGAUACAGACGAGGAAGAGGAUGCAGAAGCCGAUGCGGAGUACGCGGAGUACGAGCAAGCCUUCGAAAAGUUCAUGAUGUUGCCCGCAGCGGAGAAAGCCAUCCUCACCGAUGAAGCUCGUGCAUUAGCUCUCGAACAAGAUGCUGAGAAGGAAGAAGACGAAGAAAUCCGAAAACUCACCGAAAUGAUGGAAGCUGAGCUCUUCAGUCACGGCGCAUUGAACGUCAACUCCAAGUCCGGCCAUAAGCCAGGAACGGGGCUUCUAUCUGAUAGUAAAGGGAAGGGCAAAGGAAAGUUGCAGGAGGUUGCCGAAGAGGAUGAGGAGAAUGAAGACGAUGAACUCCUUGACGAAGACUACAACCUUGCUGAUAAUAUGCUAAAGGCUUUCAAAGGCCAAGCUGGCAUGGCGGGCCCGGCAGGCAACAUGAUGAGGGCGAUGGGCGUGCAGUUUCCACAGGACGCUGACGACGAGGUCAGGGGUGGCAGUAGUAAGAGUAAAGGGAUAAGCGGAGCCUGA